CAAACGUAAACAUUGCAAGGGUCUAUGAUGGGAUGGAUGGACUUGUGAUAGGAUAAAAUAAAUGUACUGUAAUUGUAAAAGUAAAGGUCACUGGAUUGGGAAGUAUUCUACAAUGUUUGAUGUUUUGGGGCUGUUCUUUAUUUGUUUGCAAAAUACUGUUGAACUUCCUGUCCUUUUCCUUACUUGGAGGUGAUGAUAAGCUCCCGGUAGUUAAACCUGUGCUGUGUUGUGUGCAAUUUUACCCAGCAAUCUAGUUAAAAUGUUUGAAGAUAAAUUCAGUGCUGUGAUAUUUGUUCUCUACAUAGUAUUGUCAGUUAAUCAAGGUUUAAUUGUGACAGCUGCUAAGAACAGUGACAAUGAAUAUUCAUUCAACUUUACAACUGUUGUUCUGAUAAUGGAAUUCAACAAGCUGUUUGUGUCUGUGGCUGCUUAUUUAAUGAAGAAUUCUGUGCAGUCACUACAAGGAGAAAUUUUCCAAAACAUUAAAUUGGCUUUGCUGUAUAUGUUACCAGCUGCUCUGUACUGUCUCUAUAACAACCUGCAGUUUGUGAACCUCACAAAUUUUGACCCCACCACCUACUACAUUCUCCUGCAAUCUCGGAUCGUUAUUACUGGAUUCAUCUAUCAGAUGUUUUUCUCUGUUCGCCUUAAUCUAAAACAGUGGAUGUCGCUUGUUAUUCUAACUUUUGGGUGCAUAAUUAAGCAAGUGGAUUUACUGAACCUCCAUCAGCUGUCAACAUACGACGUCCAAAUCCUCAGCUACGCUGCCAUCUUGAUCCUCACGCAGGUUACCUGUUCCUCAUUAGCCAGCGUUUACAUUGAACUACUCUUAAAAAGCCGAAGUAACAAAGUCGACAUCUGGGUUCAGAACAUUUUCAUGUACUCCGCGUCUAUUGUCUGUAACAUGUUUAUUCUCUGGUUUAACGGUAAUCUAUUUGAUGCAAUCUCAUCAGAGAAUAUUGACUCUUUAUGUAAGUUUCCGGUGCUAUUUAUAAUAGUCAACUGGGUGGGGUUGGGUUUGGUUACAAGUCUUUUCCUGAAAAAGCUUAAUUCCAUUUUAAAAACAUUCGCCAGUGCCGUGGACUUGCUACUGAUAGCUAUUCUAUCAAACUACUUUUUUGCAGUUCCGUUAACAGUUUUCACAAUCAUUUCUGUUGUAAUAGUGAUGUUAGCAAUUUGGAUAUAUUCCAAAGAUCCAAUCAGACCAAAGGUGGUUGUAGAAAGCAAUACAAUUAUAGCAAGUAUAAUACAAAUAUUGAGAUGAUCAGAAUGAUAAUGUUGUUGUAAUGUUGUUUAAGUUGCAGUUGUGGUUUGUUCAAGUUGAGUGCUAUGGCGAGACUGUUUUUAUACUUUGUUUAGCCGGCUGCCUACAAUGAUGAUUUCAAAUAAAAAUGAAACUUAUUUUUGGCCAAUAAGCGCACCCUCCGACACAUAUUUAUACACACUCUAUAUAUACUGUACAUAUGCACAAUUAACACUCUUCUCAGAAGUAGAAAAUGUCACUGAAAUGGAAUAAUCUGCUUCACUAAGAAGUAAAACAUAUUUGCGCACACAUAUUAUGUUGAUCAUAAUUAUUUAACAUUAACGUGGAAAUGAAAGUAGAAGCAAAACUUUUGUAGUUAAAGCUAGACCUGUGCUAGGGCUCUAGUUUAUAUUGUUAGUUAAUAUAAUUUACAAUGUGUAACUUAUACUGUACAGGUGCAGAUCUAAAUAAAAAAAAUAAAUAAAAAAAUAGGUAGGGAGGGGCCAUGGGACUAUCCUAUGUGUGUGUGUUUAUAAAAAAAAAAAAAACUGUAAUCGUAUUUUGGUACAACAUGUUUUUAUAAUAUCAAAUUUGAUUUUAUAUUUAGGUCAGUAUGUAACACUGGGCAUUUAAAAGUAGAUUUGUGAUGUCAGUGGUACCACCCUCAGGAUUAUAAUCUUUAUUUAAAGAACUGAUAAAAAAUUGAUGCAUCUUUACCCUAUCCUGGUCCCUGGGUCACAGUGUACAAUCGAGGGAGGUUGAACAAUGCAGGGUUAACAAAACUACAUCAUGCAGGCGAGCAGUACCUGCUCGUAUGCAUAGGGCUAUUGUCUACAUCGAGCCUGAAACAUCGCAAUCCAGGCCCAGUGAAAACAUCUAGGGCAGAGGUAGGCAUUCAAAUGGGUCGGAGGGCUAAACUGCACCUCCAAAAAGCUUCAUACACUGUUUUAUGGCCACUCUAUGCUCAGUUUUACUACUACUUUUUACAGAUGAUCAGUGCCGGGCCAAAAAAAAGGUGUUUUCUAGCCAAAGAUGGUUGGCGGGCCGCAUACAUAGGGUUUGUAAUUCAUUUUUGCGUGCCCCAAAAAAAAUCUGACGGGCCACACUUUGCCCACCUGUGAUCUACGGACUAGUUUACACAACCAGCAAAUAACUGAACAAGGCAUAACCAUCAAACUUAAUUUUGAUAUACAGUACUCUGUACUAUUUUUCUGUAAGGAAUGAUAUUAGGUAGAUGUUGAAUUUUGUAAUUUAUCCAGUUAUAUGUGCAAUUAAUAAAAUGUGAUUUGAUAUAUGAUAGCGGUUGAGAGAUAAAACAAUUAUUUUGAGAAUUUUUUUAUGUAACAUUUGAUUUUUUUCAAAUGUUUAAAAUUAUUACUGUUAAUAAUGUGUAUAAAUUUUGAUACUUUCCGUUUGUAAUGCAAUUAAGCGCAAUAUACUAAAAUCAUUAUUAGCAUUUUCUGAUAUAAUCAUUAAAUUAUUGUUGAAAAAACACAG